AUGUUGAUAGCUAGGUUAGGUAACGCUAGGCGGGGCUACGGCGACGCUAGGCGAGGCUACGGCCACGCUAGGCGAGGCUACGGCCACGCUAGGCGAGGCUACGGCCACGCUAGGCGAGGCUACGGCCACGCUAGGCGAGGCUACGGCCACGCUAGGCGAGGCUACGGCCACGCUAGGCGAGGCUACGGCCACGCUAGGCGAGGCUACGGCCACGCUAGGCGAGGCUACGGCCACGCUAGGCGAGGCUACGGCCACGCUAUGCGAGGCUACGGCCACGCUAGGCGAGGCUACGGCCACGCUAGGCGACGCUACGGCCACUCUAGGCGAGGCUACGGCCACGCUAGGCGAGGCUACGGCCACGCUAGGCGAGGCUACGGCCACUCUAGGCGAGGCUACGGCCACGCUAGGCGAGGCUACGGCCACUCUAGGCGAGGCUACGGCCGCAGUAACCUCAGCACGACGCACCACAGUAACAGCAGCGCUUGUGUCGGUGACGUCACCGUCGCUGAAGAUGGGUUCGAUGAGAAGAAGUACGAAUUCUCUGUAACAGCAAAUUUCUAG